CAAUAAUUAAUCAAGUUGCCGCUUAUUAAAUCUUAAGCUUUUGAAGACUUUUACCACAAAAAUAGAUACUUAGCAUCUUUUUCAUUAAGCUUUUGAAGUCUUUGUCAUAAAAAUUAACACUUGGCAUCUUGAUCAAGUAUAUCAUUACAUAAGUGUUGAAGUGUAUAUAUAAGGAUUAAGAGCUCGUCAGGAGGUAUUGAAUAUAACUAAAACGCACGAGUGUGUAUAGAUGUGAUGGGUGCGAGAAGCAGCCAGACUGUGGAUCCGGGGGUGAGCCAGGGAUACUCAUCGGAAUCAGAGACGGUGCUGGUGGUGCGGCGACGACCGCAUAUGGUGAACGGAGGAGGGUUCAUAGUGAGCAAUAGCAAACAACAAGUAGUGUUUAGAGUUCAUGGAUGUGGAGUUCUUGGAAGCAAAGGCAAGCUUCUAUUGAGAAAUGGUGAUGGUAAUGAUUUGCUUCUCAUCCGCAAAAUGGGAGGAAUAGUGCAGGCACUGAACAUGGUACACAAGAAAUGGGAAGGUUUUGGGUAUGACAAUGAAGGAGCAGAGAGGUUAGUUUUCACCUUGAAAGAUCCGAAAGAUUCAUGUCUGGUUCAAAACAGUUCAAUCAAAAUCUUAGUUCACGGUAAACCGCUGAAGAUAUCAUCAACUCGCAACAACUAUGUAGAGAUCACAGGCUCUUUCGCAGAGAGAGCUUGUAACAUCAUAAAUUCAGAAGGCAGAACCAUAGCUAAGGUGAGAAUAGAGAAAGAGAUAGAGGAAAUGGUGGGGAACAAGAAGGAUUUGUAUCAUGUAAUUGUCAAACCAAAUGUGGACCAAGCUUUCAUCGUCGGUCUCAUCGCUAUUCUCGACUAUAUUCAUGGCGAAUCUACCAUCUGCUAAAUCUAUUUAUCACUCUAUCUAUGUCACAGAACUCAUGUAUUAAACCAUCAUAACAUGUAACAAUGGACCUUGCAAGUGUUGAGUUUUUGCUUGUAGCAGAUUAUACAUUAUUACAAGUUUAUAUGAUUUCCAGAUCAAAUCUGGGGAAUUUAUAU